CAGCUGGGCGGGGCCGGGGAGGGCAGGGCCGCGCGGAAGUCCUGACCUGCAUGUGGCGCCGGCCGGAGGUUGGGCGUUGCUGCCACCAGUGGGCGGGACAGCGGGGCAGCGAGGCGGGGGCACCCUCACCUGUCCGUGUGUGGGGAUCAGCCUGGGCUCCGUGGCCUCCGCUUGCACCGGACGUGGACCCAGGCUACCGGUGGGCAAGAUAGAGGACUGAGCCCAGGCACGCACGGCUGGCCAGGUGGGAUCCCCACCCCCGCUCAGCCUUCUUGCUGCAUGGAUGCUGAAGGACCAGGCUCACUUGAAGUUCUGAGAUUGAGCAGUAAGGUGGAAACAAAGAAACCAAUGGAAACAAAGAAACAAGUCAUUGUGGCCAAGCUCCCCACCACAGAGAAGCUGCCCUGAGUGGAAGGGAGGGUGUGGGCAUGCCCAUUUGUUUCGUGUCUCCCAGUGCUCUUCGCUUUCUUAUUGCAGACCUGCAUGGUUACAACAAAAUGAUCUGCAAAACUGAAAAUAUUUACUCUCUGGCUUUUACAGAAAAGGCUGACCAGCCUCUGGUUCCCGUACCGGUCAACUGAUUGGAGUACCUUUCCAGUUUGGAAACAUCUGGGCAGGCCCAGCUGGUAAGUUUACUUUUCUACUUUGACCAAGCAAACUGAAGCCAACAGAAGAGAACUUUCACCAGCAACUCCCAGCACAUCCGCUCGCCUUCUGAUGUCUGUGACUACACUCUCGCUGCUCCACCUCUUAUUACAGAUUGAACAGGAUCCAGGGGGAAGUACCAAGCCUGUCCCAUCGGCCAUCCUGUGUGUCAUGUCCUGUGACCCAGUAGAUGCUCAGCACCCUCCAGCUGAAGAAACAGAUUGCCUUAGGUACAUCAAAGGUGAGGACACCUACUAUCCCCAUGGAGCCCAGGUGGGGCUGGGAGUCUGCUGUUUGUACAGCCGGUGGGCUCGUGUUGCUUUGGGCAUCCCUGUGCCUGAAUUCCUGCAGUACACUCGGUGCCUGUUUCCUAAUCUGCAAAACUGGAAUGAUGUUAACCAUCCCGCAGUGCAUUCCAUGGUGCAUCCUCACCUAGAAUUGAGUGGAAGCAAGUCCAUCUCAGAAGGGACAUACCUGAAGAGGAAUGGCAUUCCAGACUCUGAAGGGCAGAGAAAGCACCAGCCUGGGUUAGAGAAAGAGAACAGCAUCUCUGAGCCCGUCCUGGGUGACCUCACAGAGAUCACCCUAGUGGCCCAGGCUAGUGACCGGGAACAUGUACCUUCCUGCAGCCAACCCCAGACGUCCACUGAUGCCUCAUAUACUGGCAAAGAUCCUGGCCUGGGGGGGCGAUGGCCGCCGGAGAUUCGCCAGAUGUUGGACUCCAGCUUAACCACCGGAAGUGGGCAGGAUGUGCUGAGGGGGCGGAGGCAGCCGCCAAGGCAGCGACGGAGGGGGCUGUCCCUGGCCAGCCGGUCAAUUUGUUCCCAUCUCAACAUUUGCUGUCCCAGUUUCACAGGACGCCCUUCUUCAGUUUAUCCUUCUCCUGGGAGGUGGGCUCAGUGCAUGCAGCCCAAGGUCUGGGCUCUCCCCUGGGGAGGGGCAGAACUCUCUUCUUCUUCUUUGUCUUUAUUCUUCAGCAAAGUGGUUACUGGCCCCAAUUCUUAAUUCUGAGAAAGUGUAGCCUGUGUUACGGAGGAGCUGCUGGACAGUGAGGUUUCUGGGUGGGUUUUCACAUCAGCUGAUGCCCCAGGCAGGCAGGAAAUCUAUUACUUAGAGCUUCUUAGUCUGGAGUUGGGGGAUGGCCCCGCCAUCCUCACCAUGCUUUUUAAAAAUGUGUUACUCCCCUCUUUUUCCUAGGUGACAUUUUAGGUUAUUGCGUCCCAGAUUGCUGGCACACUCAUCCCUGUUCUCAAACAUCUUUUAAACUUGGGUGAAGUGAUAAGUUGGGGAAGAAGAUGAUUUACUGAAAGUCUCCCGAGAAGAGAUUCAGACUGAACAGCUUUGUGUCGGACUUUGGAAGACCGCUGGUGCCCAAGGGGUUCUCUGGCAGCACAAUGACGAAUCUAGGUCCCUCUUUCACUGCUACGUCAAUGAAGUGGACCGCUUGGACAAGGCCAAAGCUGGUAUCCCAACCAUAGCCCUUGACAGUGAUGUUCGGCUCCAGGAAGCCAUCAGAUGCAGCAGGUGGCCAGAGGAGGAGCCGAACGGGCUCAUGAAAUGUGACACCCCCAGCUUCAUCAACACGGACCAGAACUCUUCCUUUGGGGAAGAUGAUCUCCUGAUUUUGGAACCACCUAUUGUUCUAGAAAAUAAGCCAGUUGCCCAGACCUCACACAAAGACUUGAAUUGGAAAUGUGCUUUGUCAAGUGUUUCUCUGAAGAUGUGAAGUCUGUCUUUGUAUGGCAGGAAGUCCCCUUUCACAAAAUUGUAUGUGUUUGUGUCUGAGAGAGAGAAAUGGAGACAGACAGAAAGACGGAGACAGAAGAGAGCCCCCUCAGAAGAGAGCUAGUUAAGCUCCUCUGAGAUCCUCCGGCCACCCUUGCUCCAACCUGAGGACAGACCUACCGUUCCUUUCCUAGGAGGAGGAUCAAUCCAUGGUGCAUUUUAUGACAAUCCUGUCCCCAGGAAUGCACGGAAGGUUAUCAGCUGAGUGAGGGGAAGUGCCUCUGUGUCUCUGUGUCCCUGUAUCUCUGUCUGCUCACAGUGCCCUGCCACCGGCUACUGAACAAGAAAAGUGCUAUUCACCAUGCUGUGUCUUUUGCAGAUGUGUAGGUGAUGGUCUUGUGGCUCAUGUGUGGGCUUUGUCCUGGGAUGGUGAAGGGCUUAUAAAUACCUCAUCAACAUGUAUUCGAGAUGGCCUGGUGCCACACAGACUUGAUUCAUGAAGGCAUCAAGCCUGCACACUGGUUUGGAAACAACUUGGUUUUGAUCAGUCACACUGCAUGCAUGACUCACUGCUGA